AUGGCCAUUAGUGACAAGAAGUUCAAUGAAAUGAUGACCCACAACAAAAUGAUCGAAAACCAAAUUUCUCAACUUGCUAUUGAUUUGAAAGACCAAGCAAGCCCUUCUUCUUUACCUUCCCAAGGCCUAGAUCCCAAGAAACCCGUGAAUGCUAUUGUUACAAGGAGUGGUAAGGUUCUUGAGGAGAGAUUGCCUAGGACGAGUGAUAACAAGGAGGUCCCCAAGGAAGUUUUGGUUGAGAAUGAGGGAAGUAGAGCAUCUUUAGAUGAUGUUGUGGUUGAGACACCAAGAGAGGUGAGAGUAGAGAAAGAGAUUGUGAAACCCAAGCUCCCUUAUCCCCAAAAAUUCAUGAGACACAAAUUGGAUGAGCAGUUUGGGAGAUUUAUUAAUAUGCUCAAACAACUUCACCUUUCUCUACCUUUCACCGAUAUGAUCAACCAAAUGCCUAAGUAUGCCAAAUUCCUCAAAGACAUUUUGAGCGGAAAGAGGACUUCUGAUGUUGUGGAGACAAUCAAUUUGACUGAAAAUUGUAGUGCGAUCAUCAUGAACAAAAUGCCACCCAAGUUUAAAGACCCCGGAAACUUUUCCAUCCCAUGUGCUAUUAACAAGAUGCAAUUUGAUAAUGCCUUAUGUGACUUAGGAGCUAGUCACUUGCUCACCUCUAACGAUUCUCUUGAGAAUGUUUUGUUGAACAAAGACAAGCUAGGUGUACCAUGCAAGGAGGUAGCAUUGUAUAAGGAAUUGCUUAAUAGAAGCAUGGAGGAAGUGGAUGAACAAUUAUGCUUGAAGAUCACAAGCCAUGAAGCUUUGCAAGCGGCCGCAACAAAAGAAGGUAAAGGUGUGCCUAUGAGCCAAGCUCAAGCGUUAUGUUGUGUCUUGAGAAAGCACCAAGGUGCUUUGGGCUAUACUAUCGAUGAUCUUAAAGGUAUAAGCCCCGCUUUGUGUACGCACCAUAUAACGCUUGAGGAAGGCACCCUUCCUUCUAUUGAACGAAAAAGAAAGCUACACCCUCAAAUGGGAGAGGUGGUGAAAAAAGAGAUCACCAAGCUCUUGGAUGCGGGAAUCAUAUUCCCCAUCUCAAGCUCUAGGUGGGUUUCUCCCGUUCAUGUCGUUCCUAAGAAGGGGGGUAUGACCGUAGUCAAGAAUGAGAGUGGUGAGAUCAUUCCAACUAGGACGGUCACCGGUUGGAGGAUGUGUAUAGACUAUAGACGUCUAAAUACAUCCACCAAAAAGGAUCACUUUCCCCUUCCAUUCAUUGAUCAAAUGUUAGAGAGACUAACAAGGCACAAGUUCUAUUGCUUCCUUGAUGGCUAUUCGGGAUUUUUUCGAAUUCCAAUCCACCCCAAAGAUCAAGAGAAGACAACAUUUACAUGCCCCUAUGGGACCUUUGCCUAUAGGAGAAUGCCCUUUUGGCCUUUGUAA